AUGUACCCCGCCGAGCUCUGGGCAAGCGAGUACGAGGCGGACUGGAAGCACACCACCGAGGGCGACGCCGCCGUCCUCCCGAACCACUUCUCGCACCUCGCUUCGAUCCACAGGGAGAUUCUGGAGGACGGCCGCGUCACCCGCACCGGAUUCGACUGCGACCUCCACGCCGAUGCACCGCUCUCCGCAGCGGGCUCGUCCGCACCGGCCUUGCCGAUGCGGUGGCUGCGCCUGGCGACGCCCCUCUCCCAUGGCAUCUGGACCGGCUGCCUCGACGGAGGAGACUCGACGGUCUCUGAAUGGAGCAGGAACCAGUUCUUCGUUAGGCACCUGGACCGGCUCGACGGGGGAAACUCGUCGACGCCGCUCGACGGCGAGUACGCCUUCAACGCAGCGGCGGGAGGCACAUGCAAGUGCGGCGUGCGGGUCUACGUGCUCGACACGGGCAUUGCGCGGCACGACGACCUCGCGGCACGGCUCUCCACCGGCGGCUUCCCCGACAGCACAGCGCACGACUCGCUCAGCGCCCUCGUCGGGGAUCGCUACGACCCAGCGCGGUGGCAUGCCGGCGGCGUGUUCGAUCCGUCGCCCGCGCGCGGCGCACACGGCACGCACGUCGCGUCGGCGAUCGCGGGCAGCCGCCACGGCACAGCGACGGGUCCGAUGUCGCUGCUGCUGCUGGCGCUGGACUGGGUGCUCGCGGACUGCCUCUCGUCAGGCCAGCGCUGCAUCCUCAACCUCUCUUUUGGCGGCCGGUUCAGCGGCGACCUUCUCGGCUGGUUCUCGAUCCCCGAGUCGGCGCUGUCGGCGCUCGAGGGGGCUGGCGUCCUCGUCGUGGCGGCGGCCGGCAACGACGGCGGCGCCGCGUGCACCUUCUACCCCGCCGCGUCACGCGCGGGCCUCGCGGUCGGCGCCGUGACCGAGCCGGACGAGGAGGAGGAGGGCGCCUCCCACCUCGCCCCUUUCACCAACUUUGGCUGCUGCUCGGACGUGUUUGCGCCCGGCGUCGCCCCGGCGGCGAGCGCCGACCAGCUGUACACCGCCGUCCUCUGCAUGGCCGCCACCGACGUCGUCGCUGACGUCUGCCCGUGCGGCGGCAGCGUGUGCGCCGCCGGCUCCCAAGCGUGCAUCGCCUCGCCGAUCGCAAACUUAACCCGUGCGCGCAUCGCGGGGGAGGCCAGCUGGAGGGCGAGCUUUGGCGCCGACGGGGACGCCGAGGGCGACUAG